AUUUAGGUUAUUUUCAACCUUAAUAUUGCGCGUAACGGAUAAUCUUGUACGUUUUUAUUCCUUCAUUUAUUUCUUAUUUUUACUUAUUUACUAUUAUAUUCUAUUUUUUCUCUCUUUCUUUCUUUCUAUAAUUAUUUCUCUAUCUUUCUCUCUCUCUCUCUCUCUUUCUUAUUAAUUUCCAUUUUUCAUUUUCAUUUUUUCAAGGAGAUUAACCGAUCAAAGAUUGAAUGAUGCUGAAAUGCGUUAGAAUAUCUAUUCCUUCUACGGAACACGCUAGCUAUAUCCAAAAAAUAUUGGGAGAGGGUAUCAAUUUGAGUGGUGUGACGACUUGCGGAGUUUACAAGUCGUAUAUAGGAUAUUUUAAGAAUGAGCUUUCCCUUUUUUCGUACGUUGAUGAGGAGAUUGAAGAUAUUUUCAGGUCAACUGUUCAUAGGCUAGUAGCCAAGUUUGACGAACGUAAUAUUGAAUAUGUUGGUAAUAUACCAUCUUCGCACAUCACUACCGUUUUGGAUGUUUGCUUAUGGUUCACUAAAUACGGAGUAAAAUUUUCCCCAAUGCCGGAUAUGGACAAGCUAUACAUUGAAGGGCCAGAGGAGAUUGUUCAAAUUUUGAAUUCCAUAAUAAAACGUGGAAUUGUUGGCGAAGAUUAG